UAUUCGCGUUUCUGAAUUUCUUGCGGGCGGGACGUUUUUUGAGUAGGAGCUGAAACCGUUUGGAUCCCUUACACUUUUUUGAAAAUAAUGUGCAAAGUAUAAAGUAUAGCGCACUAAAGAAAAUUCAGUCAUUUGGCGAGUGCUUGACUGCUUGUGUGGGUGUGAGUUAAAGAGAACAGCAUCAUGAAAAUGCAACAACAAAGCGCUUUGUUUUUGUUGCUGCUGGCUGUGACGUCGCAAGGAGUCAGCGCAGACGCCGACGUCGCUGCAGCGCCGGAGUCUAAUUGGAAUGACAAAAUCAAAGUGUUUACUGUGGCCACUGAACCCACCGAUGGUUACAAUAGAUAUCUUAGAUCUUCACGCGUCUACGAUAUUGAGGUGACUACUCUUGGUCUGGGAGAGGAAUGGAAGGGAGGAGAUAUGCAAAGACCCGGCGGUGGUUUCAAGCUUAAUCUCCUACGGAAAGCCAUUGCGGAGUUCAAAGACGAUCCAGAAGUUAUUAUACUCUUUACAGAUAGCUACGAUGUGCUUUUUACCACCACGCUGGAAACGAUUUAUGAUAGGUUUGAAGAUUUGGGAGCCAAGAUACUUUUCUCUGCCGAGAAAUACUGCUGGCCCGACAAAAGUCUGGCCAAUGAUUAUCCCGAGAUUGAGGGCAAGGCCUCCCGAUUCCUUAACUCGGGAGCCUUUAUUGGGUAUGCAUCACAGGUCUACGCCCUUUUGGAGGAUCCCAUUGACGACACCGACGACGAUCAGUUGUACUUCACUAAGAUUUUCCUUGAUGAGAGCAAACGCGCCAAGCUGGAUAUGAAAUUGGAUACACAGUCUAGAUUAUUCCAAAACCUUCAUGGUGCCAAAAACGAUGUAAAGCUGAAGGUGGAUCUUGAAACCAAUCAGGGUGUCCUGCAGAAUGUGAAUUUCAUGACUUCGCCGGCGAUCAUUCAUGGAAACGGAUUGAGCAAGGUGGACCUGAAUGCCUAUGGCAACUAUUUGGCCAAGACCUUCAACGGCGGCUGCCUCUUUUGCGAGGAAAACCUCAUGGAAUUGGAUGAAUCAGAUCUUCCUGUAAUUACUUUGGCUGUGAUUGUCGCACAACCUGUGCCCUUCUUUGACCAAUUCCUCGAAGGCAUUGAGAGGAUCAACUACCCCAAGGAAAAGCUACACUUGCUCAUCUACAGCAAUGCUGCACUCCACGAUGAUGAUAGCAAGGCGUUUGUGAGCAAACACGGCAAGAAAUAUGCCACUGCCAAGUUCGCUCUUUCCACGGAUGAAUUGGAUGAACGCGAAGGCAGGCAAUUGGCACUGGACAAGGCUCGUCUCCACCACAGCGACUACAUUUUCUACGUGGACGCAGAUGCCCACAUUGAUGAUGGCGAUGUGCUCCGUGAGCUGCUCAAGUUGAACAGGCAAUUUGUGGCGCCGCUUUUCACCAAACACCAAGAGCUGUGGAGCAACUUCUGGGGAGCCCUUUCCGAGGGAGGUUACUAUGCCAGGUCGCACGACUACGUGGAUAUUGUGAAACGCGAUUUGAUUGGAAUCUUCAACGUGCCCCAUAUUACUAGCAUUUAUCUGGUGAAGUACACUGCCUUCGAUGCCAUUUCAUUCAAGCAUAAAGAAUUUGAUCCCGACAUGGCUAUGUGUCAGUCACUCCGAAAUGCGGGCAUCUUCAUGUACAUUAGCAAUCUGCGCUUUUUCGGUCACUUGGUCAACACCGAUAACUUCAAUAGUUCGGUGACACGUCCGGACUUUCACACGCUGUUCACCAACCGGUACGAUUGGGCGGAGAAGUACAUACACCCGAACUACUCGCUCCAGCUGAACGCCAGCUAUCCGAUACCGCAGCCGUGUCCGGAUGUUUUUUGGUUCCAGAUCGUGACAGACGCGUUCUGCGACGACUUGGUGGCCAUCAUGGAGGCGCACAACACCUGGUCGGACGGCAGUAACUCGGACAGCCGGUUGGAGGGUGGAUACGAGGCGGUGCCCACCAGGGACAUUCACAUGAAGCAGGUGGGACUGGACCAGAUGUAUCUCAAGUUCCUUCAGUUGUUCGUGCGUCCGCUGCAGGAGCGUGUCUUUGAUGGAUACUUCCAUAAUCCUCCCCGUUCACUAAUGAACUUCAUGGUACGCUACCGCCCGGAUGAACAGCCUUCACUGCGACCCCAUCACGAUUCAUCCACGUACACCAUCAACAUUGCGAUGAACCGCGCAGGCAUCGAUUAUGAGGGCGGUGGCUGUCGGUUCAUCAGAUACAACUGUUCCGUGACCGAUACGAAGAAGGGAUGGAUGCUGAUGCACCCGGGACGACUGACCCACUACCAUGAGGGGCUACUUGUGACUAAUGGCACCCGCUACAUCAUGAUUUCCUUCAUUGAUCCAUAGAGAGGAGCUUCUAUGACUUAGAACUCUAUAUCAAACUGCCAUAUUGGCCAAUCCAAAGAACUGCAUACUUAGCCCAAUGAGCAAUGAACAAUUUGUGCCGAUGGAAUUGCGGCAAUGGCCUCGGCCUUAUGUUUCUGAUGAUUUUACAUACUACUUUGAGAUCGAUAGCUUUAGGGUCCCUCGAUGAAUCUGUUGCAGCCUUAAGUUAAUUGUAAGCCUUUUUUACCAAGUGCAAAGUGUUCAAUUUUUGACUAAAUAAAUUAAUUGAUUUAUUAAUGUU